CUUCCGUCAAAGGCUCUGCCGACUAGGACCGCGCUGGGGCUCAGGGUGGAAUUGCGUCCAGCGGCAGCCCGCGCCGUUCCCAGUGCGCCCGCGUGGGUGGCAGUCACGCUCUCCAUGGUGUGGCUUCCGUAGUAACCGCGCUGCGGGCGGUUUGAGGUCGGCCCAUGUCGCCUGUGUCCCGAUCCCGCCCUAAUGAGGACACUCUGGGCUCCCAGAAAGGCCGGCGUGGCUCGGGCAGCCCACCGUCCGUGUCCCAGACUCGACGAUCCCCUCGGGGAGGCGGUUUCGGCCUCGCCCUCAGCGGGUGCGAGGGGCUCGGGCCUCCGCGGGGUCCGGAGCGGCCCCGUCCAGCGCAUGCCGUCAGCCGCCCCCGGUCUGGAGAGCCGCCGCCGCCGCCGCCGGGGAUCUGCACGUUUGCCCCUUCGUCCUCCUCUUCCAUCUGUGGCGGGUACCGCUACCACCACUAUGCCGGAGACCGUUCGUGGGCCGAGGACCAGGAGAAGGAAAAGGAGGAGAGCUACAGGCAGAGGAGGCUGAAGGAAAGAGAGAGGAUUGGAGAGCUGGGAGCGCCUGAGGUGUGGGGAUUGUCACCCAAGUUUCCUGAGCCGGAUUCCGAUGAACAUACACCAGCUGAAGAUGAGGUGAAGAAUCCGAAGAGCAGCAGUUCGGAUUUCACCAACGAAGAAAAAAGGACAAGGACCAGUCAUUCAACGAAGAGAAAAAGGAAGAAAAGGCCCUCCAAAAGGAAACGUAGGAAGUAUUGUGAUAAUGACAGCAAUUCAGACUCUGACAUUUAUUCUAGCUCUGGUGGCGAUAAAAACAAAGCCAAAGCCAGGAAGAAAGAGAAGAAAAAGAAACACCGGGCAAAACAACUCAAGAAGAAGAGGAGGACUGAAAAGGAAUACAGCGACGCCGUAAGCUGCACAGCUUUAGGAAGGGAAUUGCCAGAAGAUGCGUGGAUGGAACAGUCCAUGAGUGCAGAUGCCAUGGAUUUAAUAGGCCCAGAAGCACCUGUAAUACAUACCUCUCAGGAUGAGAAACCGUUGAAUUAUGGCCACGCUCUGCUUCCGGGUGAAGGCGCGGCUAUGGCUGAAUAUGUAAAGGCUGGAAAGCGCAUCCCACGAAGGGGUGAAAUUGGCUUGACGAGUGAAGAGAUCGCCUCUUUUGAAUGUUCAGGUUACGUCAUGAGUGGCAGCAGGCAUCGCAGAAUGGAAGCUGUGAGACUGCGCAAAGAGAACCAGAUUUACAGUGCUGAUGAGAAAAGAGCCCUUGCAUCCUUUAACCAAGAAGAGAGGCGGAAGCGAGAGAAUAAGAUCCUAGCCAGUUUUCGAGAAAUGGUAUACAGAAAGACAAAAGGGAAAGAUGACAAGUGAGAACUUGUUUGUGGCAAUGCAGGACUUUUAACGACACCGGUUUUGUAUGACCAAAAUAAUAGUAAAUGACUUCACCAUUUACCAGUGAUAUUGUACUUACUGUGUUACUAAGUACGCUAGAAAAACACUUUUUGAGAUGUCAUUAGGAAUUUUUACAAACCUUGCAGGAAAUGAGUAAAAAGGUGAAUGUCACUCCCAUCCCUGAUUUACACCCCUCCCCCAAAAGCAAGUGUCUUCUGUGUCCUUCCAUGGUUUUGUGCAUAUACAAAGUAUCUUGCUACUCAAUGGGAGUGGGCCCCACCCCCACCUGCUACUGUGAUUUUAGCCCCUAGGAAGAUUUUACCUUUUGGAGUCAUUUGUCCCAGGAGGAUAAAAAGAACUUGAGCACAAUAAUACCCGAGAAGGUAACCAUUUGGAUCUAUUUGAUUCAAUGGAUUGUGUUCUGCUGGCUGUAGUUAACAGACUUGGUUAAAGACUGCUGUUUAUAACUGAAAAGCCUGGGAAGCUGUUUCCAGCAUAAUGUUAAUAGAACUUGGGACUUUUCUCUAUCUUCCUUUCCAUGGCUCAUUUUCUUUAGAGUGGUUUCCCUCACAGAAAAAAAGAGCUGCCAACUCUCUUAAAAGAAUAUUUCUUUUGAAGGAGUUGGACAUUUUCUUUCUUUGAUGCAAUGCUAUUUCUUCAUAGUACGAAAGUAGCGCCGUCAACUGCGGUGCAUUGUAAAAUUAAGAUAGCUUUGCUCUUCAUCUGACCCUAUACCAGUUUUCCUCUGCUCCCACCUAUUGCCAAUGGGAAGAUCAUGGUUUGGGCCAAAAUGGGAUGUGUAUAAGCAAAUUACACAGGGAGACAAGGCUAAUGAUAACAAUAUUCUGGUAAUCUGUUAAUAUGUACUGUUGCUGAAAUUAUUGAUAAUAGAACUUUCAUAACCACUUUUUAAAAGUGAUGUGUUCAUAAAUUCUGAACAUCAGAGCCUAGUUUAGUCUAAAAAUAGAUACAAAAAUAUGUAUGUUGUGUUUAUCUGCAAUCACUAGCAGUAGAGGUAUUUUCUCCCAGUGGCAAUACCUAAGUUAUUUCUUCUCUAUGUAUAUUACUGAAUGUUACUGAAAGUUUUAUCCAUUAUUAAUUUAAAGUUGCUUCACAGUAGUUUAGGAUGUCAUAUUCAUUUCCAUACUUUUGUGUUUUUCUCAUAUGUUUCUUCACUGAGUUCUUCUAGUGAAGUACUUAGAGCCAUCUUCAUCUGAAACGUUUUAAAACAGGAUCUGCUGAGACACUCUGGGUUUUCUGCAAGUUCUUCAUUAACUAUAGUUACCUCCCAUGAUAGAGGAGAGAAGAGCUCACUGGCAGCCUUCACAUUUUCCAAAGCACCAUCUUUUUAAGUCAUGCCCCAACUUCCAGUAGACUCUAGUAAACAUCUCCCAAAGACUGCUCUGCAGAACUAUAUUCCCACCAUUUUAAUACCAUUUUUGUUUUCCAUUUGUUUCGUCACAGUGAGAGGAAGUGUGUAUCUUGUGUAGUUUCCCAAGGGCCCCCACCCUCAGCUACCAGCACACCAUAGGCUGUGUAGUCCAUGCUUCUUACCAUAGUGUACAUUUGUAUGGCUUCUGAGAUCACUGCCAGGAAAGAAUAUUUCUGACUUGGUAUCCUUAACAAGAUUUUGCCUUAGUUGGAUUAGUGUAGUUUACAUAUCUGCUAAAAAUAAGUACUGUUGCCUGAUGAACAGAAUAGCUUACUCUGGGGUCAGUAUGGAGGCUAUGUAGGAGGACAUGGCUAUCUUAAAAUGCCGUGUUGGACAGGGAAGAUAGACAACCAAUAAAUGCCUGCUGCAGUUCUGAAUUUUAAAAUGUGUCUGUUCAUAACAUGUACUGGUAGUUUUCAAAGAAAAGCUUGGUUUUAUUGGCCAAAUCCUGAUUGAAAUGGGUUCAGGGUGUAUCCAUAAAUCAAUAUAGAAAAGCUGAAGAUCCAAAGUGCUGAAGUCUUCCAAGGAGCAGAUUAGGACCACCUAGAAGGAAAAAAAAAAAAACACUUAGGAGAUGCAAGGAAUGACGUGUUUGCAAAGCUCAUGAGGGAAGACAUUUGUUGUCCAUUGGGAUGAUGAUAUUUACUGACCCCGAUAUCUCAGCACUACCCAAACUAACUCAUCUCAUUUGAGAAAUUUCCUUUAUAAGGCUCAAAACACUAGCAAGCCCCAUAGAACUGACAGCAUGGAGAGAGUUCCAGAAUCUUGAAGGACAGUAUGGUAUGGAAGGACACCUUCAUUCAGUGUUGAACUUGCUCCAGGCUGCCCCAAAGGAGGUUGAGGGAAAUUAGUGAAAGCUGUGCACAGUCUAUUUAUGGAAACUUUAUCUUACUAUACAUAGGGGUGAACACUUUUUUCCACUUAACAGUAAAUAAUGGAAAUGUUUUAUGUCAGUAAAUAUGAAUCUAAUUUUUAAAUGAUUUUGUAAUUUCCAUUGUAUGUAAGAGUUUCUGGACAUUUGGGACUCUUCUGACUUAAUGUCAAGAGAAAUGAACUCAAGCCAACAAGACAUGUUGGUUCAUGACAUGGGUAUAAGGAGAGCACUGGAAGAAAGUCGGCAGGCUGGUGCCUCAGGCAAGGGCAAGGACGUGGAAGCUUUCAGAAGUGGGUUAUGGUCACUCCUUUUCAUCAGCUGUGAGCACCAACCUUGAAAGGUAUUUUCUCUGUACAGAUAUUUAUUGAGUAGAGAGGAAGAUAGUGCUUUGUGUGUUGUAAGUACUGUAGAUAAAUCUGUAAGUUAGCCUUAGCCACUGCCACCAUGGAAUUUAUGAUCAACUGGGGUCAAACUGGAAAAAGUUAAUUACAAAUUGCAGCACACUAUGAAAAAAAUAUAAGGCUAGAAUUCUAAGAAAUUGGCUUUCCUGGGACAGUUACUAGUGAAAAUAUAAAUGACACAUUUAAUCUCCAUACUUUGGAUCUUUAGGGGAUACUGCAAUGAUGCUUUCUAGGAAGACUGACAGUUCAACAUCACCACCAGCAUUGUACUUUUCAAAAAGCUUUGUGUCUUUGUUUUUCUGGUCAGUGAAAGUGGCUUUUCACUGUUAAUUUUAUUUUCCCUCUUCAAGAGUAAGGUAAAGCAUCUUUUUCAGUAUUUCUGAUUUUGUAGUUCCUUCCAUAUCAAGUAUUCACACUAGUGUUUGGGGAAUGUUGGACUUCUUAUCCAUCAUAAAAGCUCAUCAAGUAAUAAAAAGUUAACUUCUCAUCAA